AUGUCCGCUCCCACACUUUGCAUCGCACCUGCUUUGCCGUGCCUCGCCUUGCCAUUUUCCUCUAGGACGCACCGGCACAGCACAUUUACUUCCAGUUCCGCUCAUUUUUGCCCACACCAAGGUUGGCGGCCAGUUGCUCUCCUCGUUCCCCCCGUUCAGACUUCAGUAUCCCUUCUGCUUCCACUUCCAUGUCCGUCCACCCGGCCCGGCACCCAUCCACACCACGCCCGACCUGCACCUUCCCUUCCCCUUCCCUCUCUUUAUCCACACUUCCCACUUCUACAUCGUUUCCUCCUCCAAUCCCCCGAACCCCAGUUUCCCUCCUACAUCCAUCCUCAUGACUCGGAUCCUCUCCUAAUCCGGCCAUCAAAAGGUGUUGAAUACUCUCGUUCGUCACAGAUAACUUGUGCGCCAUCUUCAUUCAACCCUGGAUGCAAGACACACAUGGUGAGUACCAAACGCCUAUCCCCACCCCAUCGCCCAGGUUCUCUUGUCGCCGCUAGGUACCCGUUGGUCGCCCGCGCCUUAAGCUUUUCCGCCGUACUGUUAUAUCUGACAUAUCCCGCCCUUCCCCAGACACAUUUCUCCCUCACAACCUCUGUCAGAUGCGCUUUAUUCAAUAACGACCCUCGAAGCAAAAUCUCCGUCGGCCUAUCGAACCGUUCUUUAUCGUCACUGGCAAUAGGCAACCUUUCGUCGGAUCUGUAA